UUGCCCCUAUCGUCCGCCCGCGCGAGCAUGGCAUGGCGCGGUGCAUAGGCGCACAAGUGGAUUCACCGCGCGCCAGGCAAGACUUCGAUGCAGCUCCGCCGCCUUCCUCCCGCUAUUCUGAUAGCGCUGCUGCUGCUGGCCACCGACGCCGCGGCCAAGGACGCGCCCUGCUCCUCGCCCGAGGAGUGCUGCUCGCUCUGCGGCAGCGACUCGGAGCGCUGCGCGCGCGGCCCGUGCAGCAUGAACAUGGUCACGCGCACCUUCUUCAGUGUCAGCGUGCCGACGGACGCCGUGGGCUUCUGGGACGUCGUCUUCUCCUCCUACGGCAUGGUGCCGUACCUCGUGCCGAUCGCGCUCGCGCUCGAGUUCAUCCUGCACCGCCGCAGCUGGACGCGGCUCUUCGCCUUCCUCUUCAUCCCCAUCGUCGCCAUUAUCAACGCCGUGAUCCUCGUCAAGAGCUUGGGUGAGUGUAGCGAGUGCGAUCGCCCCUGCGGCAGCUGCGUGGCCAGCAACGGCAUGCCCUCGGGCCACGCCACCAACGCCAUCGGCUUGUGUCUGUGGAUGAUCCUCGAGACGCUGCUUGGCGUCGGCAAGCCGUGGAGCGCCGGUAGGAAGGCGGCUACAUGCGUCGGGCUCGUGCUGCUCUUCGUGCCCGUUCCAUACAGCCGCGUGUACCUGGGCGACCACACGGAGCUACAGGUCGGCAUCGGCAGCGCCGACGGCGUCGUGCUCGGACUCGUCUACUUUUUCGUGCUGCGCUACGUGGUGGGGCGACGACUGCCUGGCGCCACGGAGCGGAUGAAGCAGGGCCGCUUCCGGUUCCUCAACAUGACCAACGACUUUUACCUCGUGGGCGAGCCACUGGCCUCGCUAAUGACCACCGAUCUGCAGCAGCAGCAGCAGCAGCAUGCGUACGCGCGCGCCGACUCGAUGGAAGGCGCGACGGCAAUGAAGUAGUUAAGACAGAAGUAAAAUUUAUUAAUCUUUGAUAUUUUUGCAUGCAGUAGACUUGAUCCCGUAGCAGCUCUUUCGUAAGUCGGACGUGUUGAAGCUGCUCCGUGACGAGCGCGCUUGCUGGUCCUGGGACACACUGCCACAUUGCUCGAAGCUGAGUUGGCACCGCCUUAAUCGAGUCGACUAAGUCAGCUUGGCCAGCCUCGGCUCUCGGUCUAACCAUACGAGUUGCAAAGGCCUAGCAGCGGACGAUCGUCCAGCGCUGCAUGACGGCAACCACCCACCCUGGCCCGCCGUCUGUCUUGCUGCCCCUGGCUCAUAAUCAUCGCCGCUCGCAGCAAAUCAAAUCGCUGCAAGGGAGGCUGCGGAGACCGCCUCGGCGCCAAGGCAGCGCCCAGCUCGUCGGCGGGCCUACUAGCCACCAUGCGCGGCGAGGCAGUGGACAAGGCGAGACUGCACGAUUUGA